AUGAGUUAGAAAUUUAGAUUGCCUGAGAAUUUUCACCAGAGAAUAUUGGACCUAGAGAAGUUAAUCGAGCAGGAAAAAGAGUAAACUCCUCAUGCUAUUCUCAGAAGUCUUACCCUUCUCUAUUCUGUAAACUAUUAUCCAGUUAUUGAUAAUCAUUAUUAGCAAGCUAUUGAAUAUUACGGGUAUAUAGAUGAUAAUGACUCCUGUAUCGACUUGAAUCUGAGAAGAAGCCGGAUGUAUAACAGUUCAAACUCAAGCAAAAGCGGCAAGAGUCAAAGUAGCAGUGAUAGUGUAGAGAGCAGCAGUAGUAGCAGCAGUGGGAGUUAGGGCAGUGAGGAAGAGGAGGAAGUUGACAGACUGUCUAAUUCGAACAAUGAAAUCGGUAGCAAAGGUAGAAGCAAUGAGGAGGAUUACGACGAGGUGGUCCUCAUGGACAAAGAAAUGAGUAAAACUCCAAGUAACAAGAGUUUUAGUUUAACACUUAACUAGAAUGCCCCUGAGAGUCAUUAUCAAACCCUUCAUCUGCACACUCAAAUAACCAAGAAAAAAUCUUAGAUUGAUAUGGACGAGAUAAUGAACGAUAAAUACAAGAUUAACGUCUUAUCUGAUUUCGAGAUCAUUACACCAAGAGGAGAAAUAGAGAAAAGCAUGAAUACUCCUAAGAAUAACUCUAGAGAUAAAAAGCUUAAAGCAUUUUAGAGUUCUAGAAGAUCAAGUAAAUUUCAAAGUAUAGAGGAAAUUAAAACUAACUAAGAGUAUGCCAUAAAGAUUAUUCAGUCAGAGUAAAAGGAUCAGUCUCAAAACUUCUAGGAUAGAUUAAGAAAUAGAAAGAUAAAUAAGAUGGUCAAGACUCAAAUGGAUUAUUCAUUGCAGCAAUUGAAUAAUGGUGGCUACCAAGAUAAAAGCAUACUCAACAUCUAUUACAAUGUUAACUUGAAUGCUCCAGGCAGUACAAUAGACUAAUAUCAAUAAGAAUAUCAAUAAGAUGAGGAGGAUGAAAAUGAAGGACUCUAGGAGCUUGAUAAGAGGAAAGAAGAGAUUCUUGAGGAAUUCCUGGAGUAUGCCUUCUAAAAGAAGCACGAGGCUCUCGAAUAAAUCAGGGGGGACUGUAAAAAGAAUAAAACUCCGAAGGAUGAAGAGAAGAAACUGGUGUUUGAAGCUUCAAAAGUCAUGGAUACCAAGCGUAAGCAGGGUAUGGCUGAUUUGACUAAACAAAUGAAUCUUAUCAUAAUGGAUGUUGAGCAACCUAUCAACGAAAAACUUAAUAGACUCCAGGACAAAGAAUAAAUAAACACCUUCAUUCAUAGUAUGUUUCAAACUUAAUAAGAGCAGAUCAGUGGCCUCGAUAUGUGA